AUGAGCUGCGUGCGCCCGCUCUGCUUCUUUGCCCACAGCCCCUCCGAAUUCCGCGAGCCCCAGGCGAUCGCCUCGUGGUGGCAGCAGCAGCGCCUGCAGGCCGGCUUCCCACCGCAGCUGCCGGCGGCACCGCAGGCGCAGGCGGUAGGCCAAGCGGCUGGCGGCGCUGCCAUCAUGGGCAGCAUGGCGAUGCUGCCUGGCGCGGCCAUGAUGGGCGGGGUGUAUGCAGCAGACCCCCACACCCACAUGCAGCAGAUGCAGAUGCAGCUGGUCAUGCAGCAGGCGGCCAUGAUGUUCCAGCAGCAGCAGCACCAGGCGCAGCAGCAGGCACAACAGCAGGCGCAGCAGCAGGCGCAGCAGCAAAUGCAUCAUGGUGUGCUCAGGCCGUUUGCCGCCGGGCAACAUGGGCACGCCAGCAUGCUGCAGCAGCACUUUGGCCGGGGUGCAAUGCAGCAGGAGCAGCAGGAGCAUCAGCAGCAACAGCAGCAGCAGCAGCAGCAGCAGCAGCAGCAGCACUACCACCAACAGCGACAGCAGCACCAGCAGGCAUGCAGCUAUGAUGCUGCUUACAACGGAAACGGCAACGGCUGGGGCAAGUCGGCGGGGCAGCAGCACCACCAGCAGCAGCAGCGCGGCGAGCGGCGCCACUCGCCAAACGCUCGCCCGCACGACCGCGACGCCGCCGCGGACCUGGCAGACUCCCUUCGCGCGAUGGACCUGCGCGGUAGCGGCUCCGCAGGCGCAAGCUCUCGGAAGCAGCCGGGCAGCCAAAGCGGCCGCGACUCCCUGCAGGGCCGCAGGGGCCGCGGCGGCGUGGGCGCCAGCGGCGGGGUCAAGGCUGCAUCGGUCAGCCUCGCCGCCGGGCAGCAGGUGCACCAGAAUGAGGCCGGGCAGGCGCCGGAGCACGAGCCUGCAGGCGAGGGCGGGGGCGAGGGCGUCGGGGCUGAUGAGGGGCCGCCCCAAGCGCCAGGCGUCGCAGCAGCGUGGGAGGGGGAGGGGGGGCAGCAGGCAGAGGAGGGGGGGCAGGAGCAGGAGGAGGGCCAGGAGCCGUAUGCAGUUUGA